CUCGUCUUGAAUUGAAGUGACGACACAGAUCAUUUGAAGGCUCGCGCCAAACAAGCUGCGGGUCAAAAGCAGGUUUUCGGCUAUUAGAAAGUGGUGGAAAGCUGUUGUAAUUUCGGUCGGAAAAGCUGUUAGUCUGCAAAUGGACGUACAAUCGUACAUGCCCGUACCACCAGGAGUGGGGAUGGAGGAGAAUUUCUUGUCUCUUGACGACAUUUUGCUUUCUCAGGAAAGGCUACCUUGUCGAACCGAGACCACUUUUCCUCGACUGGGAUUUCUGGAGAAAUCGAGUGACACGCGAGACAUACCAGAGGGCUCAAAGAUGGAGAUGCCGCUGUGGUUGGCGAAGGGUCUGUACGAGCGCAAGCGGCGCGUGCUGUCGGUGGAGCUGCCGAAGGUGUACCGCGAGGGCUGGCGGACGGUGUUCAGCGCCGACCCCACCGUGGUGGACCUGCACAAAAUGGGGCCGUACUACUACGGCCUGGGGUCGCAGCUGUUGCACUUCCAGAACCCCGAGAAUCCGGAGAUCGCCCAGGCGGUGCUGCAGACCUUUAUCGGCCGUUUCCGGCGCACGAUGGACUCGGCCCAGAACGCCUACAACGAGGACACGUCGGCGCUGGUGGAGCCGCUGGACAGCCUGGAGAGGGCGCUGUUCCGGGUGGGGCAGGGCGGCCUGAACGCAUUCCAGCGCUGGGAGACGGGCAGCGCCUCCCGGCUCACCGCCUCCAGCCUGGUGCUCAACUACCGCAAGAGGAAGAUCACCGACCUGCAGGACUGAGACUGUAAUGCACCUGCAUCAUACACCGUCCUACACCAUCACACACCUGCAUCAUACACCUGCAUCACAAGCCUGCAUCAUACACCAUCAUACACCUGCAUCAUACACCAUCACACACCUCCAUCAUACACCAGCACACGCCUGCAUCAUACACCUGUAUCAUACACCUGCAUCAUACACCUGCAUCACACGCCUGCAUCGCACACCAUCACACACCUGCAUCGUACACCAUCAUACACCAUCACACACCUGCAUCACACACCUGCAUCGCACACCAUCACACACCUGCAUCGCACACCUAUGUCACACACAUGCAUCACACACCUGAAACAUACACCAUCACACACCUGCAUCAUACACCUGUGUUAUAUAUACUUGCAUCACACACCUGCGGGACUGAGAGACUGUAACACACCUGCAUCAUACACCUGCAUCACACACCUGUGUUAUAUAUACCUGCAUCACACACCUGCGGGACUGAGAGACUGUAACACACCUGCAUCACACACCUGUGUCACACACAUGCAUCACACACCUGAAACAUACACCUGCUGCAUGCACCUGUAUCAUACACCUGCAUCACACACAUGCAUCAUACACCUGGAUUAUGUACCUGCAGGACUGAGAGACUAUCAUACACCUGCAUCAUACACCUGCAGGACUGAGAGGCUAUUGUACACCUGCAGGCCUAUCGUAAGUUUACCAAGCUCCAGGCAUGAAAGACCAGUACUAAGCUGAAGGCAAAGGAAACGAUUACCGAGCUCUAGGCCUGAGGAACGAUUACCGAGCUUUAGGCCUGAGAAACGAUUGCCGAGCUCUAGGCCUGAGGAACGAUUACCGAGCUUUAGGCCUGAGAAACGAUUACCCAGCUCUAAGCCUGAGAAACAGUGACUGACCUCUAGGCCUCAGGGCCGGUUUCCACAUUGCGGUAGUGGGUGGGACUGUGACUGGAAAGGAAGUGGCUCACUGAAACGUGCUCUUUUCGGGUGCUGUGUUUUGUAAAUUCCCUUUGUGUUCAUUAGCAUAAUAAUUAAUUAGCGCUACAGGUCAUUCAUUAUGAAAAUGUGUGAUUGAAAUGUGAGAGGCGAGGAUAGCCAAAGCCCACUCAAACGUUCACGUAACUGCCCAUUACUGCCUGCGGUGAUAAACGGAUUGUUUUUCUCUGUAUGCAAAUGUGCGCAUAGCAACCUUGGAGUGUUCAUAUGGCACAAAAACUACAGUGCCGUCAAACUGAUGAUUUUAAAAAUGUUUAAAAA